AUGGACGGGCCGUUGGGCUCCGGAACUCCCGGACCCAGCGGGCUGGGCCGUCUCUGGGCCGCCCGGAAAUCUUCCGGGGCAGGCGCCCUGCCGGGCUUGGAGGGCCGGAUCCCGGAACUGAUUGAGGUCACUCCGGAUCCCGCGAUGGAGUACGACUCUGGGGAGGAGUCUACCGAGACGGACGCUAGCUGUGCGACGACGUCGACCACAGCCAGUCGCAAACGCGCGAAAAAAGCCUCGUCCUCUGGAGCCGUCAAGGCGGAGGUAAUAAGGAGGUGGCAGGAGCAGAGAAGCACCCCUGUGACAAAGGCUCUACUAGGUAGACCUGCAGGCUCAGGGGUGCAAUCAAUCGACCUCACCAAGCUCCCAGCUAGGGACCUGGAAAUCGAGGUCACGAAGAGCAUGGCCCGCCUCCGCGAGGUAGCGGAGUAUAAAAAGGGCCUGAAGGGUACAUCCCAGAAGGCCCUGAGGGAGAUAGCGACACUCGCGGAGCAAGCGGUAAAGGUCCUGGGGUCUAGAACCCAGAACGAGGAGGUAAAAAAGCUCCAGGAGGCCAAUGAGCGCCUGCGACGGGACUAUGAUUCCCUAAAAAGAGACCUCGAGGAUAUCAAGAGGCAGCUCGCAGGUGCUCUUGCCGGUAGAGAACCAGAGGAGCCGGCGAGCGCAGGGUCUCCCUCUGGGGCGGCUGGCUCAUCCGCUAAAAAGAAGAAGUGGGUUAUUUCCUCUGAUUCUGAGGAGGACACUGCCCGGGUCUCGGGGCCUGUGCCGCCACCCCCUGCGCAGCACCCGCCGCCGGUCCCGAACGGAAUGCCAGCGGAGUCUCCGUUGAGCGGGAGGGAGAUCCCCGGGGAGCCUGCCCCCCUGAGCGAAGGAAACCAAAGGCUUCUUGACGCCAUCCUCCUGAAGGUUGGUGUCAUGGUGGAGGCCAAGCUAGACGGGAUCCGCGAUAGACUCCUGCCAGAGCGGACGCAUAGACCCCUGCUGGCCUAUGAAAAGGAGAAGAGCGGAGCAGCGGCCAAGGGCCGGAGCCCUUUGAAUGCUGCGCGGGCGGCAGCCGCGGCCUCCUCCCCCUCUGCUCCUCAGGAGGCCUGGACGGAGGUGGUGGGAAAGAAGGCCAGGAAAAAGCAGAGGAAGAAUGCUAAAGGAGACGGACCCGCUGCCGGCCCUGUCAUAUCGGGUCCCCUGAAGAAAGCCGGCCCGGCGGCUGCCCGGCCCGCUAAUGGGGGACAGAAGAAGAAAGAUCCCGCGAAAGCGGGGAAAAUAAAGGUAAAAGUACCUAAGCGUGCGGCUGUCGUCCUGACGGCGGUUGACGGUGAAAAGACCAGCGUGGCUGAUGCCCUGGCGAAGGUCCGCAACGAGAUUGACCUUCGCAGCAUGGGCAUCGCCUCGCUACGGCCUAGGAGGGCCCUCACCGGGGCCAUCAUGUAUGAGGUCCCCGGUGAACAGAGCCAGGAGGGAGCAGUCAGGCUGGAGACCCGACUCCGGGAGAUCCUCAACCCGGAGGAGGUCAAGGUCUCCAGGCCGGUAAAGACCGCCGAACUCCGACUCUCCGGGUUGGACGACGUUACGGCCGCUCGGGACGUUGCGGAGGCGAUGGCUAGGGUUGGGGGUGCGCUGCCCAGGAUGUCCAGAUAG